AUGUACGUAAACUACUGACGUUAGCAUUAUGUAAAGUUUGCUGAUGACUUGUUAAUGAUAGUGUAUGUAGAUCUGCGUGAGUGAAAUGAAAAGUUGUGCUAAACCUCUGUCGUGUUCCCGCAGCCUCCUCCCCUUUACUACAAGAUACGCGCGCUAGUGAAUCAUUCAUCACUCCCGCGCAAUGCGAGCCGAAGCUCUGAGUUUCUGCUGAAUGAACACACACAUCUGACUGAACUCCCUUCAGUUUCUGUGCACUGGGAUCUGUUCAGGAUGACACCUCUCCUCUGCAACGCCUGCCUCAUCUUGCCUGUUGCGUUACAUCUGCUGCUUGUCCCCAGUCCAUGUUCUGCUGCAGCCACAAAGAAGUGCAGCUCCAUCUAUAAAGGGUUUGCCCAGUGUCUGCUUGCCCUAGGAGACAGUCUGUCUGUCAGCUCCCAAAAAGACGAGGAGAUCGACUCUAUUUGCAAAUCCUGGGAUGAUUUUCAUGACUGUGCAAAUUUGGCCAUGGCCGGCUGCCCUGAGGAGGCUGCGGUGGUGUGGGAGUCUCUGAGACAAGAGUCCAAAAAGAUGCAGUUUUCCGGAAACCUGUAUGAGAUGUGCUCCAGUCGUAGCCAAUCAGCAGCUGCCUCUGAUUCCCAAAGCCCCGAUGAGACCAAUCAGGAGUCGUUAAAGGGACGCGCUAGCCAUACAAGCCUGACCUUUCUGACCUUCUGUUUGCCUGUACUACUACUGUUCCUAUGGAUAUAAUCGCAUUUCAAGACUCACCUCAGAGUUCAAAUAUUCAGCACAUAGACAACAAUACUGACUGGUUUGGUUCUAACAUUUUCAUGUAGUAGAAAUAGAUUAAUUUUAUGCUUCAAAUCUAAUUUUUUCAGAACAAAAAGAAUGCAGGUUCCACACAAAGGACACUUGUUUUCAACAAACACAUGUUUUAAGGUCUAAACGCUUGAUUUUUUUGUUUAUUUAAAAUCUUCUUAAAAUAGCAAACUCAUUUUAAGCACAAUCAAGGCACAAAUUUCAUUCAUAGGAGGACCAAAAUGCACCUCAAACGACUCCAGGCCUGAGGAGGACGAAUCAAAGAUGGCAAAAGACAAUUCCAAACAUUACACCUUUAUCUAUGAGGAAAUUAAAUGAAGGUCUACUGCAAUAGAUUAUCACAUUGGUGAGCUAAGAGUAUCAAAGCAAUGUAAAGAGCUCUCAAAAAUGUUAUUAUUUCACUCUGUAGUGUAAUCUUCUUUUUUAGGAUCCUGAGAGGAUUAAGUUAAAGGAUUACACCAAAUAAAAGUAAAUCUAAGCAACACGGCUUGUCAGACUUUGCAGUCUAUAGUCUGAAUGCCCUUGGGUGACAGUCUAAACCAAGUUUAUUAAUGACGGGUUUAUUGAUUUAGUUUAACGAACAGCACAACAUUAUGCUUCAAGUACUAGUUUGAAUCAGUAUGGAACUUCUCUUCAUUUGAUGUCGGUCAGAGUACUGUGUAUAUAUUGUAUAGUCUUACAUUAUUCAUACCUCAUAGCUACAUUUUUAUUUUUUCAAAUAUGUGUAUUUGUAAAAACACAAGAAAUGACGGAUUAGCUUAAAAAAAUCAUGAUGGUACAGUAAUGUAAAAAUGACCGAUAUGCUGUAAAGAAGAUCUUUAUGUGAAUAAGUAUACUAUAUGAAACACAUUAUCAUUUAGUGCAUAAUGAACAGAUGAGGCAAAUCAAUGGAGGUGAACUCAUUAGCAUCAAUAAGAUCAAAUUGUGAAUGAUUAUGACCAUAAAUAUGAGCAUACAAUGUAUUCCUAUGGAUACAUGACUUUGUGUGUAAAGCAAAGUAGUUUUUUUCCCGGAUCAGCUUUCAUUACUUCCACUCAACGCUUUGCUCUGCUACGCUCCACUCAGGGGAUUCCUCAGUCAGUGUGAUUUAUGUUUAAUUUUUAGGCUUAAUUGCCAAUCAAUCAUGUUUGCCAAUGCAGUGAACUUAUUAAGGAGGGCAAAAGCCAUUUAUUUACUCAGAAAAAAACAACAACGACACAUUAAUAGGGGAGGGUUGCCACUUAUGUCUCUUUUUUUUUUUUUUUUUGCUUUUGUGUGGUAGAUUGACUAUCAACAUAUGCUUUUCUUCAUUUCCAAAUUAAGUUCUACUAUUGUCAUAGCCAGUGAUGUAGUACAAUCUAAUGAAAAUAUGUCUAAAUAACAAAGUAAGGGCUAAUAUGUACAAAUUUUAAGUGUAGCCUACAUCACUCCUUGCUACAUAGAGCAUAUUAAUAUCUCCUUUAUUUAUAUUCUUUAAUAAUAUAUGGAGGCAGUUAUAAUUUGCUUGAUAGAUGCAUUUUAUGAAUCGCAUGAAAAAUAAUUGUUUUCUCUUUUUAUUUUGAUAUUAUAUAUAUCACUAAUUGCUCACCCAUUUGAAGUUGAAAUGUCUACAAAAAAAAAAAAAAAAAAAAUAUUGAAGACCAAUGGUCUUCUAAAAAUUAUCUCACAUUGUUAAAGGUGUCUGAAAGAAUAUUUUAAAUGGUUCUUGUUUUCUGUCUGUCUGCACAAUUAUUUGCUAUACAUACCAGUAUAUUCUAUACAUGAUAUAAAUAAAAUAUUGCUAUUACAUAAAUAAAAAGUGCUGGCUGGUAAA